GGUUUGGAUUAGUAAGGGCCCUACAACUAUAAAAGUGUCUUUCAAAUAAGUUUAUUUGAGAGAUCCCUCAAAUGAAGUUCUGUAUUUUUAAAAAUUUCGGACUGUUUUUUUUUUUUUCAGGUGAAGUGGAGGCAAAGCCCAAACAAAAGUAGACCAACACAAAUCUGGGCCUAAAACCCUGUCGUUUCCGCUUCGCGGGUUCUUACAUUUCAACUAAAACCCUGAAAAUUCGACCACAGAGUUCUGCUCCACUCUCUUCGACUCUCCAUGCCAGUAUCAGACAUGAGAGCUCUCAGAGCUAUUUACACCCACAAACUCCUCAAUCCCACCACUCACAAAUCCCUCUCCAAACCAUCUCUCAUCCCCUUACAGUCCCUCCAAAACCCUAACUUCUCCCGCCAUUUUCACUCCACAUGCCGUCUCCAACGCCCCGAAGAACCGAGCACUGUCACCGAUUCUCUGAAAACCGAGACAAAUUCAAGCUCCAGUGUAGAAAUUCGUCGCGUUUGGUCUGUUUUUGGCCCUGCCUCGCACACAUUGGUGACCCCAAGAGUCGCAAACAAAAGUAGCGAUGUACAAGAACCAAGACGUGAAAGUGAGAGUGAAAGUGAAAGUGAAAGCGUGAGUGAAACCCAAAAGGGCUUAUCGAGUUUGAGAAAUGGGGUCAAGGAGUCUGAGAGGGAUAAGACUCCUAGGAAUGUGAAGAAGGCCAAUUCAGGAACUGGGAAUUAUAGGGAAAUGGCGAGGAGUAAUAAGAAGGGAGGGAAGGUCAAAACUAGCUGGGUUUGCUCAAGUUGUGGGGAGACAUAUGGUCAGUGGUGGGGUGCUUGCCGGUCUUGUCAUGCAAUGGGCACGGUGAAGAGGUUUUCGGAGAGUGUUGAAGAUGCUGAUUGGGGUAAGGUUAGUGGGUUUCAGGUUUCGGAGAAGGCGGUGCGGUCAUGGAUGGGGAAGGAGGCCGGGGAGGGUGGGCCAAUGCGGUUGGCUGAUGUGAACCAGGGAAUUACUGUGAUAGACAGGCGCAUUCCAAUGCCUGGAAUCUUUGGAAGUGAAGUUGAAAGAGUGCUUGGUGGUGGUCUUGUACGAGGUUCAUUGGUUUUGGUCGGUGGUGAUCCUGGUGUUGGCAAGAGUACACUCGUGUUGCAGAUGGCUUCACUAAUAGCUGAAGGGCAUGAGCUUGGUAAAGCAGCCCCCGUUGUGUAUGUCUCCGGCGAAGAGAGUGUUCAGCAAAUUGGAAGCAGAGCUGACCGUAUGAAGAUUGAAACAGAGGAUCUUUUCUUGUACUCAAGCACCGAUAUUGAGGAUAUAUUAGAGAAAAUUCAGUCUCUCAACCCUCAGGCGUUGAUCAUCGAUUCAAUUCAAACAGUUUAUUUACAAGGAGUUGCUGGAAGUGCUGGAGGGAUCAUGCAGGUGAAAGAAUGCACACAAGCCUUGCUACGUUUUGCAAAGAAGACUAAUGUCCCUGUUCUUUUGAUUGGGCACGUAACAAAAUCUGGAGAUAUUGCUGGACCUCGUGUCUUGGAGCAUAUUGUUGAUGUCGUGCUAUAUAUGGAAGGGGAAAAGAGUUCAGCCCAUCGUUUACUUCGAUCUGUGAAGAAUCGUUUUGGAUCAACUGAUGAGCUUGGAGUAUUUGAAAUGUCACAAUCAGGACUGCAAGCUGUUUCAAACCCCAGUGAGAUGUUUCUGUCUGAGCAAUACUCAGAUUCAGAGUAUUUAGCUGGUUUAGCUGUUGCUGUAAUAAUGGAUGGAUCUCGUACUUUUCUCAUUGAGAUUCAGGCAUUAUGUGUAUCCGAAUCACCAAGCGCGCGGCAAGUUAAUGGGGUUCCACCAAGUAGAGCUUCCAUGAUUAUUUCUGUACUUGCAAAGCAAGCUGGUCUAAAGCUCCAGGAGAAUGCCAUCUUCUUAAAUGUUGUUAGUGGGGUAUUCCUGAAAGACACUGCUGGGGAUCUUGCAAUAGCAGCAGCAAUUUGCAGCAGUUUCUUGGAGUUCCCUAUUCCCAAUAGUAUUGCAUUCAUUGGUGAAAUUGGACUUGGUGGUGAACUUCGCCAGGUUCCUCAAAUGGAUAAAAGGAUACACACACUGGCAAAACUGGGUUACAAAAAGUGUAUUGUACCAAAAUCAGCCAAGACAUCUCAAGGAACUCCAGGUUUUGAGGAUGUCAAAAUAAUAGGCUGCAAGGAUCUGAAAGAGGUCAUCAGCAAUGUGUUCAAAUGAUGCUGAUGCAGAUCAAAUCAUUUUGAUUUUGUACAUAUUGUUGUAUCCGGAAAUAUGUAAAAGUUGUAGGUUGAUGUGCUUAGAGUUGCUUGUCAUAUCAGUCGGUGCGCCCCGUCUUUUAGGGCAUGACGGAUGCAUCUUCUCUCUCAUUUUGGAUGCCUGAAAGAGAAUGUAGUUAUUAUGGUCUUAAACUCCAGUUGCUGUGAGAAAACCAACAUUGCAUAUUGUGAGGCAAAAUUGUUAUGGCAACUCUAUUGCUAGUAUUUUGUUGAGUGCUUGUUUUC